AUGCAAGCAACUCACAUUUGUGAUGGAGGAAUUGGUACGACAGCCCAUCCGGAAGCAAGCAAAAAGUGGGUUUCUGAACGUGUCAUACAAAAAUUAAAAGAAACACCAUUAUACAGAGCUGUUGACAUACAGAAAGAUAUAUUGCGUAUCCACGGUGUUUGUCUUCCAUGUAAGCACGCUUGGAUGGGGAAAGAGGUUGCGAGGUUAGUGAUCUAUGGUAGUGAGGUUAGUAGCUAUGACUUGCUUCUAUGGUACGCAGAUAAAGUAUUCGCGACAAAUUCCAGUAGCGUUGUAGCUAUUGAAAAUGACGGCGAGCGGUUUAAGCGUGGGUUUUUUUUUUCAUUCGGGGCUUGUUUAUUGGGGUUCAAGCAUGUGUGCAGGCCAUUAUGUUUUAUUGAUGGAACCUAUUUGCUAGCCAAGUAUGGCAGGAUUCUGCUAAGUGCUACAGCCAAAGAUGGCAAUAAAGGUCUAUUCCAUGUAGCAUUUACUAUCGUCGAUAAUGAAACUGAUGUGAACUGUACUUGGUUUUUUGCUAUUCUUGGGGAGGCCUUAUACAGUCAAGAUACCUAUGAUGAAAUUAUAACAUUCAUAUCAGAUCGAUCUAAGGGCUUGGUCAAUGCCGUCACGCGAGUCUUCCCCUCAUCGCCACAUGGUUAUUACCUACGACAUUUAGAGGCGAACUUCAUGAAGACCAACUCUAGCAUCGGUAAAGCUUUGCGAAUGCAAUGCUGGGUAGUAAUCAUGAAAAUUGCGUAUGCAUACACUUUGAAAGAGUUUGAUGAUGCAGUCGUGAACUUGCAUGUUUAUCAGUCGAUGUACUCGCUUGGUUGA